AUGUAUAAUUAUAGUAACUAUAAUAAGAAAAAAGAACAAUGGGCUUUCAUACACAGAAUUAGUAGAGCCAACAAUAAUCCUUGGAUUGUGCUAGGAGACCUGAAUUUCCACUUCCUUGAUAAUGAUAGUGUUGCUUCUUCCUCUUCAAAUGGUCUUGUGAAUGGUAUUAUUAAAGAUUGUGGACUAGAUGAUAUUGGUUAUAUAGGAAAGAAUUACACUUGGACCAACAAUAAUAUAGGAACAUGUACUAAGAAAUCCAGGAUAAAUAUGGCCAUUGGUAAUGAUAAUUGGUCUUUUUAUUUUCCCAAUGCUAAACUCAUGCAUUUUCCUCUGGUUGGUAGUGACCACAGUCCUAUAAUGCUUGUAACAGAUGCCACUGUUUCUAAAUGUUGGAAACCUUUUAAAUUUUUCCUUACUUGGUUGAAUGAUGAUAAUUGUGCUACUUUUAUUGCUAACUCUUGGAAAACUAGUGUUCAAGGCUCUCCAGCAUUUCAGUUUAAUCAAAGACUUCAUAUCACAAGAAGGAAUCUAACUCUGUGGAACAAGGAACAUUUUGGUGACAUAAACCAAAGGGUAGAUAAGUUGCAAUAG